AUGGAGCCCAGCAGCUCCGGAGAUCCAGCAGCAGCGGCUGCAGCAGCAGCAGCAGCAGCGGCAGCAACACCAGCAAAAGCAACAACAGCAACGACAGCAGCAGAGGGAGCUGCAGAUGAGCAGCAGAAGAGAAGGAAGACCAGAUGGGAACGGGACGGCCCUGGAGAUGCAGCAGCAGCAGGUGCUGAAGGUGCUGCAGCAGCAGCAACAGCAACGCCAUCUGGUGCUGCAGCUCCUGCAGCAGGCGCAGCUCCUGCAGCAGCGGGAGCAGCAGCAGCAGCAGCAGGAGCAGGAGCAGCAGCAACUAAAGCAGGGGGUAUUAAGCUACCUUUCAGUGUACAAGCAGCAGCAGCAGCAGCACGUGAAGCACUCGAGAAAGCGAAGAAGGCGGCUCAGCUGCAACGCCAGAUUCAGGAGCAGCUAAAGCAGCAGCAAGCAGCAGCAGCAGCAGCAGCUGCUGCUGCAGUAAGCGCAGCUACGGUUCCCUCUCUUGCUGCUGCUGCUGCUGUAGCAGCAGCAGCUCCCAGCACCGCGAGCCCUGCUGCUGCUGCUGCUGCCGCUGCUGCUGCUGCUGCUCUAGCAGCGCAGCAAGUGAAAGCAAAUACAGGGACGAUGAAUGCAGGAAUUGGUGCAACGAAUCCGCUGUUGCAGCAGCAGCUGCUUUUGCUGCAGCACGAAGCGCAGCAGCAGCAGCAGCAAAGGCGGCAGCACCAAGAAGAGCAAGAAAGAGAGCUAUUGAAACAAAAACCCAUGAGAUUCGACAACUUAGGCAGAGAAAUAGAUGCUGCAGGAAAUAUUGUUGUUAGGCCGUCGACAUCGGAGACAACAUAUGAUGAUAUAACGAGCUGCCCUUGGUAUGAUCCAACCAUACAAACAAAAACAGCGAGAACUCAGCGCAAGAGGAAGGCGUUAGAGUUUCUUCCUAAGGGUCAUUAUGUUGCUAUAGAGCAGAAUAUGAUUAAUUACCAGCGGCAGCAGCAGCAGCGAGAAGCAGCAGCAGCAGCAGCAGCAACACCUACAGCGGAAGCAAAGAAGGAAAUUAGCCCUGAAGAAAAACUUGAUGCUGCUAUACCUGACUUCUCAAGAAUAUGGACAUGCAUCGACGCACUCAUUGAACAUCCGGCGCCGGUGAUGCUCGCAACUGCCGGCAACACUAUUGUUAAUAUGUACCUCACUCCAAAAGAAAG